AUAUAAAAAAGCCAAAGGCAAUCUAUCUCCAUUACUGGCCACGAAAAAUACACACAGCGCAACUCAACUGGUGAGAGCUUUGCCGCAUUGAAUUCCACUGCUCUUCCAAUUUUCCAAUCAAAUGAAGGUUCAGUAGCAUUCAACUGGGAUUUUCGGAUUUAUGAUGAUGAUGGCAAUGGGUUCGUUGCAACUCCUCCAAUUCCACCCACUUGCAUCGUCCUCUUCUUCUUCUCUUCCCCCCCUCCUCCGCCACCACCAUCCGCCGUCGACCACCGUUUCUCCCCUGCUCCUCCAUUACCACAGCCCUCCCAUCAGGAGGAGGAGGACGACGACUGCGCGGGGACUCGUGUUCGUGGGCAAGGAAGAAACUGAACUGCGUGUUUCAUCCGACCAACAAGAAGACCCAAGCCCCGAGGACCUCGAAUAUGUUAGCCAGAUUCAAAGAGUUUUGGAGCUUCUUAGGAAAAACAGAGAUAUGAUUUUCAGCGAGGUGAAACUGACGAUAAUGAUUGAGGACCAGAGAGAAGUUGAGCGUAGGAGACUGCUUGGCAUUGAAGAUCCUGAUGCUCCAACAAGAGAAGACUUAGUUGAGGCUCUAGAAGAAGUAAAUGAAGGAAAAGUCCCAGAAAAUCGAAUUGCUCUUCGGAUGCUGGCUGAGGAAAUGACCCAAUGGCCUAAUUUAGAGGUUGAAGCACCAAAGAAAAAGGUUAGCAAAUCUCUAUAUGCAAAAGCAACAGACACUGGAGUUGACCCCCGAGAGGCUGCUAAAAGACUUAAUAUGGAUUGGGAUUCGGCUGCUGAGAUUGAGGAUCCUGAUGUCAGUGAUGAGACAGAAGUUCCUCCAGCUGUGGGAUAUGGAGCACUGUACUUAGUCACUGCUUUUCCGGUGAUCAUCGGUAUAUCUGUAGUAUUGAUCCUCUUCUACAAUUCUCUGCAAUAGAAGUUUUGUAUUGCCAUCUAGUGUUGAAGCGUAAUCUCUAUGCUUUGCAAGUGCAAUGGAUAGAAGAGUUCCAAUGGCCUUCAUUGCAGUUGUUUUUGUACAUUUCACUGAGACAUGAAACUGAUUGUUUCAAUGAAGGUGUCAUGUGCGGCAGUGGCAACAAUUUUGCAAUUGAGAAGCUUUUCUUGCAAAGUCUAUAUGCUGUUACACUAUGCAUUAGUCACUACCACGUUUUGUACAGAAGCUAAGAAUCUAUUUGGCAUUGCUUUUGGGAACAGUUUCAACCAGUUUGGAUCUCAAAUAUGAAAAAAGUUUUAUUUUGGAUAAUGGUAUCCCCUUAAUGCUACUCAAGGCCUUAAGUGAAUAUCGUUCCAAAUAUAGCA